AACAACGCGAUAUCCUGUUUUUGUGCUUGUGCUUUUUAUUUCGAAGAAUGGCAUGCAUACAAGGUGUCAGAUUGCGAGACCAAGGUGGGUGAUCGAAGCCGUUUUUGUAGCCGGGGAAUGCAAUUCAUGUGGACAUAUUCCCCCCGCCCCCUGCCCCAAAAAGGCCUUUGUGAGUGGAAGUUGAUUUUGGGAAAAUCGGCAUAAAACGUUCGUGCGGGCGUGUCAGAGAUCAUGCCUUCUCCAGUCCCUCCCGCCCGCGUGCUUCCCAAAGACAUUUAUCCUUCCGUGGACAUCGGGACGUGUAGUAGCCCCUUAUCCAAGCACUCAUUCGGCUCCACCUUACAGGUCCCGUCGCAGAGACACCAAGGUAAAGUUGCCAGCCGGCUGUGGUCCUCCGUCAUCUACUGGAAAGAGCUGCAUGACGUCCAGCCUGUCGGUUCCGGGGGCUUCGGCUCUGUCUACAAGGCCAAAUACCUCGGGGAGACGGUGGCGUUGAAAAAAGUCAAGAGAUGCACCAAAAACAAACUGGCCUCUCGUCAGAGCUUUUGGGCGGAACUGAACGCCGCGCACCUCCGUCAUCGCAACGUCGUGCGCGUCAUCGCGGCCACCACUUGCGUGCCCGCGGACUUCGGAGACGAGAGGAGCAUCGGAACGAUCGUGAUGGAAUACGUGGGGAGCAGGAAUCUGCAGCAGAUUAUCUACGGCUGUGCUGAGGAGCCACUGCAGCCGGACAGGUGGCUCAAACACUCUUCGGAUAUGGCGCACGGUUUGCACUUCCUUCACUCCCACAAGAUCGUCCACCUGGACAUCAAACCAGCCAACGUGUUGGUGUCCGGUGAGGACGUGUGCAAGAUCGCGGACUUCGGCUGCUCCGUGCAGCUCGAUACCAAACGUGAAGCUCGUGACGUCGUCCCGAUGAGUCACGCCGGUGGCACGUACACGCACCGAGCGCCGGAAUUGCUCAAAGGCGAAGGCAUCUCUGACAAAUCGGAUAUUUUCUCCUUCGGGAUUACCAUGUGGCAGCUGAUCACGAGGGAGCAGCCCUACACUGGCGACAGGCAGCACGUGCUCUACGCGGUGGUUGCUCACAACCUGCGGCCAAAGGUCGAGGGCCGAGACGAGUUCCAGUCGGAGCGCGGCAGGCUGUGCAAGGCUUUGCUGAGCGGAUGUUGGGCCGCGGAGACCCGCUGGAGAUUCAGUGCCCGUGACGUCAUCGCGCAACUGGAGCAGCUCCAGGCAAAAUUGUGACUUGUGAAGAUUUUAGAAGCAUUUUAGUUCUCAGGUCUGUGUACAUGGAACAUACUUGAUUUUACGGCUGCUGAUUGAGUAGGGGUUGGUUGCACUAGAUGGCAGAUUGCUUCUGGUUCAGGGAUGUGUUGAUCGGGUAUCAUCUGUUUACGACCCUCAAUAUACAUCUUCGCGUACGCUUUUGUAUCCGUAUUAAUGCUUGCGUCAAACCACUCGCACACAAAAAGUUUGGGAUAUUGCGCUUCUGGGUGAAAUUUCGAGAUGGACCGAAAAUGCACAAUUAUUUUUAUAUUUUGACCUUUGACCGCAACUGUCCGCUAUUUCCUACCGUGGACUUAAAUGAACUAAAUCCAAAUUCCAAUUGAAACAGGAAAUUUAGCCGUCACUUCCUGGGUCAAAACAGAGUGUUACUGGUACUGGUAGGUUGCAACAGAGAUGCAGAGAGACUGGGAGAAUCACUGAAAGGAAUAGAAGUGGGCCUCCUUGGGAAAGCAUUGUUCAAUUCAUUGAGCAAUGGCCUGUUGUGAAUUUUGACAUUCAGCUGCGUUCAGAACAGUUGGACAAGUUUAGAGGUCAUAUUAAGGUCGCCCGUAAAGGACGGUGCAUUUUAAUUCCAUCAAAAAAAUAAAUAAAUAAAGGAUCCGUCCAUUAAUCCAUUUAAAAAUGAAGCUAGUGUUGCUGAAUCAUUAAGCAAGAUGAUUUAUGGGGGUGUCGUUGUUUCAAAUGGCUGUCAGUUGCAUUGUAUUGCAAUUAUGCAUUGCAAUACAAUUGUUUCUGUAUUGCAGUCUUAACUUGGUGCUGUUGGCUGAAAAACAUGUCCCAUUUCUGUCAAGUCAUAGUUCAUUUCCACAUCGUAGAACCAUAACCUAUCAGGAAUUGUAACCUUAUGUACAUUUUAACCUUAUAUGUCUUAAUCUUUCAUUGUUUUCUG